GCCGACAUAUUCCCGGUAGAGAAGCACCUUGCCAGUUACCACCUCGCUAAGUUUCCUCUCUACCCUUAAGCGCACCAUCCCCAUUCUCCCCUGUUCCAAACCCACAAAUAGAAUUUGGCACUGAAAAUGGGAUCACUAAAAUCAACAAUUCAUGCACUUACUCUGUUUUUAUCACUAUCCUUUGUUACAUGCAUCGCUUUUGCUGCUUCUGGCGGUAGAAUGGGCGGCAACUCUUUCUCUAAGCGAUCAUCUCCAUCAUCAUCUUCUCAUUCCUCGCAUUUCUCACCAUCAAAUCAUUAUUAUCAUCAUCAUUAUCGCCAUGGAAGUAGAGGUUACAGUUCAUUAUCAUCUCAAAAUGAGAAGAUGAAGAGGGGAGGAAGUGAAAUUGUUGAUUUUUCUACAUGGGGUGUUGUUGUUAUAACUACUGGCAUGGUAGGAGCUGUUGCAGUGGCUGUCUAUUUCGAAUAUAUGAACAACAAAGGCAGCGUUAUAAUGGUCCAGGUUGGGUUAACAGGCAAGGCUCAUUCACUUCAAAAAGAGCUCAAUGAGAUUGCAGAAACAACAGACACUGGUUCCCCAAAUGGAUGGCAAUUCAUACUGACAGAAACCACAUCAGCUCUGCUUCGACGUCCAAAAUACUUUAUCUCUGGUUAUUCAUCUGUGAAACAGCAUUGGAGUGUUGAAAAUGUGGAAAAGAGCUUCGGAGAACUCUCAAGAGAAGAAAGAGGGAAAAUGGACAUGGAGUCUCUGGUUAAUGUCAACAAUGUCAAGAUGCAAAGAGCAGUUACUCCUAAAGCUAGCAAACUUGGCAAAGAAUACAUUGUGGUGACAGUCCUGAUAGCUGCUAAAGGUUCAUACAGGGUUCCUGCCAUUACAAGCAUUCAUGACAUGAAAGAUGCCUUGAGAUCUUUGAAUAUUGGUUCAACCAACCUUCUGGCUGUAGAGGUGCUGUGGACUGCCCAGGAUGGGAAUGAUACUUUGUCAGAAGAGGCACUGCUUGAAGAUUACCCACUUUUGAGACCUAUUUGAUUAUCGGGCAAUGUUUUUUUUGUUCCAAAGUAGACGAAAGAGACGACACUUUUUGAAAGGCAAUGUUGUGAAUAGGAAGAUGAAUUCAUUUCAUUGGAAUUUUAAUCUCACAGGAUUGGUUUGCAGUGUAGUUUAUUUCUGUUUAUAUUCCAGAAAAAAUUAGACCGAAUCAAAA